AUGGGCGCUGUCACCUCGACGGUCGCCGCGCGCUUCGCCUUCUUCCCGCCGAGCCCCCCGUCGUACGGUGUGGAGCAGCCGCAACAGCCGCCGCCGCCGCCGGUGGCCCCUGCCGCCCCCGAGCCGGCGGCGGCGGUGAAGGAGGGGGAGGAGAAGGGAGUUGGCGGAGGAGGAGGCGCGGUGGUGGAGCUCACGGGCGUCCCGCGGAGGGGCAACGUGGAGGCGCGGCGGCUGCGGACGAAGCGGGGCACGGAGGUGGUCGCGAUGCACGUGCGCCAGGCGGGGGCCAAGCUCACGCUGCUCUACUCCCACGGCAACGCCGCCGACCUCGGCCAGAUGUACGAGCUCUUCGUCGAGCUCAGCGCCCACCUCAACGUCAACCUCAUGGGCUAUGACUAUUCUGGUUAUGGGCAAUCCACUGGGGAGCCUAGUGAACAAAACACUUAUGCUGACAUAGAAGCUGUAUACAGAUGCCUCAUAGAAACCUAUGGAGCUGCUGAGGAUAAUAUCAUUCUUUAUGGCCAAUCAGUGGGCAGUGGUCCUACUUUGGAUUUAGCAUCCCGAUUAACUCGUUUGAGAGCAGUUGUUCUACAUAGCCCAAUUUUGUCUGGCUUAAGAGUGAUGUAUCCUGUAAAACAUACAUACUGGUUUGACAUAUACAAGAACAUCGACAAAAUUCCAUUAGUCAGGUGUCCCGUGCUAGUGAUACAUGGUACAGCCGAUGAGGUUGUUGACUGUUCCCACGGGCGGUCACUGUGGGAACUUGCUGAGGUGAAGUACGAGCCGCUGUGGAUCAAAGGCGGGAACCACUGUAACCUAGAACUGUACCCGGAGUACAUCAAACAUCUGAAGAAGUUUGUUGGAGCCAUAGAGAGAUCGCCACCUCCGCCUCCGAGCGACGAGUCCACGGAGAGCUCAGGCCCGUCGGGCCGCAGCCCGACGGAGCCCGAAUGUUCAGCGGAGGACUCGAGGAAGAGCACGGACUGCAGGGACAAAACACGGCCAAGCAUAGAUCAGAGACGCAGCACGGACCGGCGGGAGAAGCCGAGGGGCAGCACGGAUAGGAGGGACAAGACGCGGAAGAGCGUGGACCAUCCUGACAAGCCGCGGGCGAGCGUCGAUCAGUCGGAUCGGCCGAGGAAAAGCAUCGACCGGUUUGGAGGCAUGAUGAAGUCGGUGAGGCUGUGCAAUAUCGAUUGCUUCAAAGUGACAGCAACCUCUGGGAGCUGA